GAAAGAACAACACUGAUGUACACAAUAGUCCUCGCAGCCAUGAAUGUCGGAUUAAGGUCCAUCUCGCUCCAGUUCCCCGGGGCCCGGGCCCGUCUCUUGCUGCAGAUCUCCAGGGUUGGGCGGAUGCAGCACAAACCAGCGGCAACAGAAGCCGCUGCAGCAGCCGGAGUAUUAGAGGGGGACAAAAAAAUGAAAAACUUUGAAGACUUACCUGGACCUUCUGUACUCACCAACCUCUAUUGGUACUUCAUCAGAGGAUACCUGUUCCAUACACAUGAGUUAUCUAUAAGAUACAAGAAGCUUUACGGGCCGUUGUUCAAGACGGUUAUUAGUCGUUACAAAAUGGUCAAUAUUGCGGACCCCGAGCUGCUUGAAAACCUGCUGAGACAAGAGGGGAAAUAUCCCAUGAGAACAGAAGUGGACCUCUGGAAGGAGCACCGGGAUAUCAGGAACUUGCCCUACGGUCCCUUUACUGAGCAGGGACACAAGUGGUACGAUCUUCGCACCGUGCUCAACAAGAAAAUGCUGAAGCCAACAGAGGCCAGAGCCUACGCCGGGAGCAUCAAUGAGGUGGUGACGGAUCUGAUGGCGAGAAUUCAGGAAAUCCGCAGUGAGAGCUCCUCUGGAAAUACAGUCCCUGACAUCGGCAAUCUCUUCUACAAUUUCACCUUUGAAGGACUCUCUUACAUCUUAUUUGAAGCCAGAUCUGGUUGCCUUAAUAAACACAUCCCUCUGGAGACCCAGAAAUUUGUCGCUUCGAUCGCCUUCAUGCUGAGAAACUCCGUGUACGUCACUUUCAUGCCACUAUGGACCAGACGGGUCUUCCCCUAUUGGGAUCGAUAUCUCUCCGGCUGGGAUACCAUCUUUGCUUUCACAAAAAAGCUAAUUGAUAAGAAGAUGAAUGAGAUCGAGGAAAGGCUGGAGAGGGGAGAGGAGGUGCAGGGGGAGUACCUGACCUACCUGCUGUCCAGCGGAAAACUGACAAUGUCCGAGAUAUGCGGCAGUGUGGCCGAGCUGCUUAUGGCCGGAGUAGACACUACAUCAAACACGUUGACCUGGUGUUUGUAUCACCUGGCACAAGACCCGGAGCUGCAGCAAUCCCUAUAUGAAGAGGUGGUCAGAGUCGCUCCAGCAGAGUGUAUCCCCACAGCUGAGGAUCUCUCUCGAAUGCCGCUACUAAAAGCCACAAUCAAAGAGACUCUACGGCUGUAUCCUAUCGCGGCUGUCAACGGCAGAAUGAUCUGUGAGAAGGAGGUCGUGAUUGGUGACUAUUGGUUUCCAAAAAAAACUCUGUUUGUUCUGAAUCAUUAUGGCAUCUCCAGAGACGAGGACUGUUUUCAGAACGCGGACAAGUUCUUGCCUCAGAGGUGGCUGCGUGAUAGCGGGAUGAAUCGCCAUCCGUUCAGCUCCAUUCCCUUUGGCUAUGGGAUUCGGGCCUGUGUUGGGAGACGUAUUGCUGAGCUGGAGAUGCACCUGGCUUUGGCUCGGAUCAUCAGGAAGUUUGAGAUCAGAUACAACCCCCAAGGGGCAGAAGUGAAGCCAAUGUUGAGAAUCGUCAUGGUACCAAGUUUACCCGUCAACCUGGAGCUCCUGGAGAGACCGACCGGCUAGACGCCGAAUUCCUCUGCCAUGGAUGUGGGCAGAGCUCAGUCAUAGAUGAUCCUCAUGAUAGGGAUCCUAUAGAGAUAAAAACUAAGCAGAGAUUAACUUCCUUUCUUAGAUAACAAAUAUGUUCAUAGAUAAAUAUGUAAUGGGGAUGUGAGUGGGCCCUGCUCAACCCAUAGGUGCGGUAGGAUUUGCUGUUGUGUUUCCAACAUAUAUGGGUAGAUUCACAUACAAUGGCCUAAAAUUAGG